GACUGCAAUUACAUCUGUCUCUCGCCUAGGGUUUUAUUUGAUAUUUUCUGUGGUCUGUCUGCUCUGCUCUGUUUCGCUACAAGCUGUGUUGUGAAAGGAUUUUCAAUAAACGUGUGACGGGAUUUGAUUUUACAAAUAUGUAAUGAAUGUUUACAUCGUCUACAGAGACAGUGACAUGGUUGUUAUUUGAUUAGUUCUCUAAUAUUUCGUGUUAGUCAUGUGUAUUGAAGUGUUUACGGCGACGACUUCCGACAGCUAUAUUGAGCCUUUAUUCAAAAUAUGGCUUGUUACAAUGCCGGCAAUGUCUUAAAUUCAAGUAAUUUGAAUGAGUUAACUGAUGAUAACGAUAUAACAGAUGACCUAAGUAUUAUUCCUUUAGAGAAAGACAGUUUUGCAAUAUGUGAAUUGUGCGGUCGCGUCGGACGCCGGGGACAAUUCUACACUCGAAACAAUAAGUUUUGUUCUCUUAGAUGUCACGCCAGUAAUUCAAGGCGACGACAUUGUAAUUGGAGGUUUAAAUUGAUGGAAGGUGCCGAACACAUGGCGGGUUUGAUACCGUUGGAGCCUCUGCCUCAGCUGCAGCACUGGCAGGCAACGUUUAAUGAAUAUCAGGCUGGUCCACUAAAACAGUCUGCAGCAUUAGUAGCUAAUAGUUAUGAAUGGAAGGAUGAACUCUUUGGUUGUGACUUCCUUGCUGCACCAGUGAGCCUGUUCAAGCAUGCUCCUUUACAUGAGAUGUGGGACAAUACCUUUGAAGGUAUGAAAGUUGAAGUCAAGAACACUGAUAGCGAAAACUACUCUGAAAAGCUCAGUGAUUACUUUUGGGUAGCUACAGUAUUGAAGGUCAAAGGAUACAUGGGACUUUUACGCUAUGAAGGUUUUGGCAGUGAUGACUCAAAAGACUUCUGGGUAAACCUAUGCUGUUCAGAAGUGCAUCCUGUGGGGUGGUGUGCUACUAGAGGCAAACCUCUGAUACCUCCUCGAAGUAUCGAAGAUAAAUAUACAGAUUGGAAGAAAUUUCUGGUGAAGCAGCUAACAGGGGCAAGAACACUGCCAGCUAAUUUCUACACUAAAUUAAAUGAUAGUCUUGUAUCUAGGUUUUCUAUUGGUUCUGUUAUGGAAGUAGUUGAUAAGAACAGAAUUUCACAAGUUAAGGUAGCUAGUGUGUGCGAAAUAGUAGGAAAACGCCUACACGUAAAAUAUUACGAUAGUUCACCAGAAGACAAUGGUUUCUGGUGCCACGAAGACUCGCCAUUAAUUCAUCCAGUCGGCUGGGCCUUCAGGAUCGGCCAUCCUUUAGACGCCCCUCAAAGCUACUGUCAAAGAGUGGCGGCUGGUAGACUAGUUCCAAACGACACAACACCAGACAUGUUUUAUAAGUACCCGAGUAAUGAACCUCCUUUAUUCUCUGAAGGGAUGAAAUUAGAAGCGAUAGAUCCGCUUAAUUUGUCAGCGGUUUGUGCCGCAACUGUUAUGCAGAUAUUGAAUGAAGGGUACAUGAUGAUAAGGAUAGACUGUUAUCCGGCUGAUGCGUCGGGUGCGGACUGGUUCUGCUAUCAUCAAAGAUCGCCUUGCAUAUUCCCUGUAGGAUUUGCAUUGGCGAAUAACAUUCCACUUGUUCCGCCCGCCGGGAUAUCGAUGGAGGAGUUCAGUUGGGAGCAGUACCUGUCGGUGUGCGGCGGGCAGGCGGCGCAGCUGGCGCAGUUCGCGGCGCGCGGCCACGUCGUGUCGCACGGGUUCGUGGCCGGCAUGCGUCUCGAGUGCGCGGACCUCAUGGACCCCAGGCUGGUCUGCGUCGCCACCGUCGCCAGGGUCGUCGCUGACUUACUCAAGGUGCACUUCGACGGCUGGGGCGCGGAGUACGACCAGUGGCUGUGGGCGCACAGCACGGACGUGUACCCGGUGGGCUGGUGUCGCGCCGUGGGACACCGCCUGGAGGGCCCGCUGCAGCCGCCGCCGCGCCCGCCGCGCAAGCAGCCGCCGCGCCAGCCGCGCCGCCGCCGCCGCCACCAGCCACACCAAGGAACAAAAGUAGCUCCUCAACCUCCAAAUACAACGGAAGACAGUUCUCAGAACUCUGACAUGGGUGAUACUAAGAGUCUGUCGCCCCCGACGAGUGUGUCCGAGAUGUCAGCAGAUACGGAACCUCGGCCCGACAUCGACUCCGAACCAGUCAAGAUGGAUGUCGACGCAGAGUCGAAGGAUAGCAGCGAACAGCCAGAAGAACGACUCACAGACGUGAUUUCAGAUAGCCUGAAUUUACCUACAGACAUAUCACAAGACUCAAGUCAAAAUGUCGCGCAGCUUUCACCAGAUAUCGAUGUUCCCGAAGAAGACUCAGAUCCUGACAAGGUGAUACCUAGACUAGUCAAUACCUCCGUGCCCUUAGACGUCCUCAACUCAGUCGACCCUGAGAACUGGACGACGGCAGACGUAGCCAAGUUCCUCACUGUGAAUGACUGCCAACCCUACUGUGUCAACUUUAGCAAUAUCACAGGACCCAUGAUGCUUCAAUUAUCAAAAGAUGAAAUCAUCGAAUUAUUAGAAAUGAAAGUAGGACCCUCAUUAAAAAUCUUCGAUUUGAUUCAGCAACUAAAAUGCAAAAUCAAACAGCCUCAAUGUAGAUUGUUAAGUAGCUUUAAGUAGUCUUUAUUUGAAUAAGCUGCUUACUAUUAACACGUUUGUCCAAUUAAGAGGUAUUAAAAUACCAUGUAUAGGAAUUGAUAGUUCAGUCGCCUUUCAGAACAUGGACUUUCUGAACUUGACAAACGUGAAGCAGCUUAUUAUACAAAUAAAAAUAGAAACAUUCUAUUCCCGCCUAUAUUUUGGUAUCGCAUAAUUGCUGACGUUGUUUUAGGUAACAGUCAUGUAAGGUGUCAGGUUAGUGUGUGUCAAACAUUGAUCCCAGUUUAUAGAUUUUAGAUUAAUUUUACCCGCCCAAAAGGUAAUGGGCCAACUAUGAGUUAUAUUUAUCGCCAUUACAAUUAUUUAUUUAUUAUUAAACUCCAUUUAAGGUAUGAAUGGCUUUGUGAUUUCACUGAACCAAUGUAACUGUUCUAGAAUAGUAUUAUUAUGCUCUUAGCUGUGGUAAUUUUUUAUUUGUCUCACAAUAUAGUGAUCAUGUAAAAUAGGUAUUAUUCCAUACAGAAUAGUAAUCUAACUAUAAAAAAAGCAUUUAUCCCUUUUGGAUUGAGCGCUUCUUUAUAGCAAUAAUUAUUAUUAAUUAAGAAAAUGCCCAUAUUUUACCAAGUUUUUAAAUAUUGUAUGGUAUGCUGGGAUAAUAAAAUAGAUGGGAAUACUUGGAAUUUGACUUGAAAUCUUCCGUUAUAGUGUAUUUUCAUACGAUUUAUAGAUAUUAUGGAUGCUAAAGAUUGUUACGCUUGUUAAUGUUACUGUGAUCAUUGCUGAAUUAUCAGUUUUUCUAUUACUAGUCGACAGGAAUAUUUGUGGGCAUAGUUUACCCUUAUUGCCUUUCGUUUGGACAGAUGAUGGUUUCCUACAUUCACAUCAAGGUUGUCAUCAUCCCCUUUGCCUUCGAGAUGACGAACGAUUUAUGGGUAGUUGGGUACCACAGAUAUAUCUACUGGAUUAUGCCACUUUACAAAACAGGUAUUGUUCAGGGUUUUAUUCAAUUUAAUUCAUGUUUUAACUCUCAUUAGACUUAUUUCGUUUAGAUAAACUUGCAUGUAAUAAUUUUAUCAAAUGCAUUAGUUUUUUAAGACUUCUUUAAACAUACAGUUUACCUUUUAGGUUUGAGAUACAAUUUAGUGUCUUAAGUAGGUAAAACAGUUGCCUAAUAUAUUGUUAAAUGCUGACAACCUUAUUAGUCGAUAAAAGAUGCAACGAAACAAUUUUAAUAUUCAUUGCAAUUUCGAUCAUUCACGAUUUCGGAAAUAUUGGAAGAUGUACAAAUAUUUGUUUUAAUCAUCUCGAAAAAAAAAACCUUUUAAUUAAACUCAUUAUUUUGCUUCACUCUUGGAAAGAAGUGCUAUUUUAAUAGAAUUUUGGUUUUGAUUUUAUUUGGACGAAAUUAGAAUACUGUGGCAAAAUAUUUCAGGGGGAUUUGUACAAAUAUUUUUGUAAGUAUGGGUUGCUUGUACAGUAGUUUAAACACAAAAUUUGUCACAUGAUUUGAAUUUCAUCCACCAUUCGAUUUUACAAAUAUUGUUUACUAAAAUCUACAAGUUAGUAUUUUUGGAAUUUAUUUGACUAAGUAUUAAAUAUCAAAUCAAUAGAUCGAUAUUUAUAUCUUUCAAUCUGACAUGGUGUUAUGAAUAAAGAAUCUGUCCUUAUGAACACUAAAUCCCGUUUCUAAAAGGCUGAUCAAUUAAUUCGGUGGUCAAAUGAUUUCAACUGUGGUUUCAAAUUGGUUGUCAAGAAAACUUAUAGCCAAUCAGAGAGCUUAAAAUAGUUGAUGGACGAUUAUUUUGUUGGUCAGCAUUUGAGAAACCGGCUGUAAGAAUAUAGUUAUACCAAAUAAACGAAAUAAUGACAUUUUACUAUUGUCUAUUUUACUGGGUAACUCUUUUACUUAAGAUUGUGGUCAAUGUUGACCAAAGGAAAUCUUAAAAGGUUUUGAACUUAGACAAAGAUAUAUAAUAUAGUCAGUGAUAAAUACAUUGCCUUUUUAGGAACUUACGUAAGAAUUUAUAUCAUUUAGUGUCAUCAGCAUAUUACAUGUAACAGUUUGAACAUUCUGGAAUUAAAACUGAGAGUAUA